AUGGGGUCGGUGCUGGUGGCGACGAUGAUUGCUUCUCUUUCCUCAAGACUUGUAGAUCCGAGAUCCUCCAAGAACUGCGCCACCGUCCUCUAUCGCAGCUUACGCGUGUCGAUGUCCUCGCUGCCCAUGACCUUGCGCGACGCCGAUGACGAAGAUGACCUUGUCGGCGGUACAGGUGGUGGGGACCGUGGCGGCGUGGUGGCCAGAGGAUGUGAAUUUUGCGUUGGUGGUGAUGAUGAGUUGUUUGGUGGUGGUGCAAAUGGCUAUGGUGGUGGUGAUGAUGGUGGUGGAGAUGUAUUUGAAGGGCUUCUUAAUGGAACCGGUGCUGACGAUGGUGGUAGUGGUGGAGAGCUAGGUGGAACUGGUGGCAGCACCGGAGAAGUUGGCGGCGAUGAAGACGGCGGUGGUGAUGGUGGAGGUGUUAAUGGAGGGGAAGUUCUAGACAUGGGAAGAGGCGCUAACAGCAGAGCAAGUAGCGGUGCUAUCGGAGGUGGGGUUGAUGGAGGCGGUGAAAGGGGAGAAGAGGUUGUUGUGGCAGUGGAGUGGUGGUGGUGGUGGACGGUGAGAGACUAG